CUGGUAACAGUUCCGAAAUACCUGUUCCGUCAAAUACUCCCCACCCCUAUUUAAUUGGUUCAAUAUAUGGUUCAAUAUGUUCUCUGGUUCAAUGCAGUGGUUUUGCUCCUGGUUUUGCUUUGCUGACUGACAACAAAGUAGGAGCGACGUGACAACCUGACCGAGUCGUGGAGCGAAAAUUUAUUUAGCGUUUGUGUUUAAUUCAGAUCAGUUCAACAGAUCAGGAUUUUUUGAAAGACCAGUGGAUUUGUCCGUCCAGUUCAACAGAAUUUUUGCAGACGAUAAAAAUGACAAAGAAACGUAAGUUUUCAGCCAACAUAAGCCCAAUUAAAGUAGAAGUAAAAGAAGAGAAUGUUCUCGGAAACGAUUAUUUGAUGGCAAAGGGACGCCUUAAAGGUGUUCUUAAACAACUUACUGAAAAGAGUGAAUCAGACAGCGAUUCUUCAGACGAGAGACAAUCUAAAUAUGAUAAUCGAAAACGCAAGGGAGAAACAAUUCCAACCCCUUAUCGGCAUACGUAUGUAAUGAAACUCUUUGAUCGUAGUGUAGAUUUGGCUAGAUUUGAAGAAGACACACCUUUGUAUCCCAUUUGUAGAGCUUGGAUGCAAAAUCAACCCAGAAACCCACAGUUAAUUGUGAAGCGCCGAUUUUCCUCUCCAGAGGCAAAUGAUAUGCCUUGGAAUGCAAAUAUGAUAACAGACAUACAUCGAUUACCCCCUCCUGUUGGUCCUGUGCAAAACCGAAUUCCAUCACCUCUUCCAGAACAGCUUGAGCAAAAUAAAGAUAACAUCAACUUAAAUUAUGAGGAGUGUCCACCUAUUCCUAAAGAUACUUUAAUACGUAAUCACCUACAAAGGUGGGUAAAAGUGAAGAAAAAAUGGAUUGAUACAGCAAUCAGAAAUGAAGAUAGAUAUCACACAAGUAUGCAAAUACUUCAAACUAUUUACAACAAGGCACAAGAAGCAAUGGAAUGAAGUUUAUAUUAUUUACAUUUUCAGGUUAAAUUUAGUUUCUCAUAAAAUUAAAUAUACUCCCCACAAAAAUUAUAGCACCACUUUCAAAAUUUUGUAUAUUUCCAAUUUGAACAUACACAGAAGAAUAUUGGUUGAAAUCACAUUAAAUAUUGUCAUUAUUUGGCAUUGUCUUGCAUACAUUUAUUCAUGAUAUGUAUAUCUUAGUGGGUUUAUCCAGCUGUACUGUCUAUGAUGCAUUUAUGGUUUCACGCUGCUACAGAUGCAAUGGUUUCCAUCACGGUAAAAAUAGUUGCAAAAAUGACAUUAGCUGUCCCCUGUGUAGCGACAAACACUCGGUAAAAGAGUGCAAAGCUGACGAAAGUAAUCGUAAAUGUCGUAAUUGUGUAGGACUUGUUAAAAAUCAAAAAUGGGAUGUUAAAUAUGAUCAUGCCGCUUGGGAUAUUCAUAAGUGCUUUGCUUAUAAAUAUGCUGUGGCUAAAGUUACAACUGAUCUCUUUGGAAUUCCAAUCAGUUUAACUCCUGAUAGAAUUAUUAAUGCUGAAGAUCAGCAUAAUUCAAAUUUGAUGUGACUAGAUGAAUCAAAACUCUGUGCUACUAAACAGAAGUGUCUAAAAAUGUCAUCUAAAUGGUCAAUCAAGAUUUCAUUAUUUCGUUGAUUAUUUCUCUGAAAAUUCUUUUGAUAUAAUCACACUUUCGGAAACCUGGUUAGGCUCAUCUUCCCCUACUGAGUUAUUUCAUAUCGAUGACUAUAAUUUUAUCCAUCUUGAUCGACAUGGGCGUGGUGGUGGCGUAGCUAUGUAUAUUAAGCGUGAUAUAAAAUACAAUGUCCUCCCAAACAUUAUCCUUCAUUCAGUCAGGUAUGCAAUUGGUUCAUUAUAUCGGCGUCCCGAUGACACUAUCUCUUUCCUUAAAGAUCUUGAACUUAUUUUGUCUCAUAUGUACUCAGAAGCGGAUCACGUAAUGUUUUUGGAAGAUUUAAAUGUAAAUUUAUUAAAUGGUGAUGAUAAGAUACUACUUCCUCUGCUAGAAAGCUUAGGAUUUUCUCAGAUCAUUAAUGAACCCACCAGGAUAACGCUCUUUCUCGUCAUUGGUAGAUGUAAUUUGUGUUUCUAAAGAUAUUAAAGUCUUUGAAUUCGGUGUUCAAGAUAUGGACAACAUUUCGGACCAUAGAUUAAUCCACUGUAAAGUGGAUCUUAAAAUGUAUAAACAACCCUCGGUCCCAUAUUUCAUAAGAGAUUAUAGUUUGUUUAAUCUUGAUGAAUUUAACUUUGACGCAAAUAGUGUUAAUUAGACUUAUGUAGAACAACUACAGGACCUGGACCAGAAGCUUGAAUUUUUAAAUAAAGCUAUUAAAACUAUUUUUGACAUUCAUGCUCCGGUUAAGCUUGUUGUUAAUAAAAAUCGUGUACGUAGACCCUACCAUGGUAGAAGGAGACUCUCCUUCUACCAUGGGGACUGCAUAAAUAUUUAGUUUAUUGAUUACAUGUAAUACUGUACUCGUACUGGUAUUAUACCUUUUAGUUAA